GGAAACUCCAACAACAUGGGUGUUGUUUCCCCUGCACCACUACGGUAGAUCUGAGGGAGACUCUAUUCAGUAGUUUUCUCCAUUCGGGCCCCCUCACCCACCACUAUCGUUAUCAUGGCGGGGUCUGGGGUUGUCACGUCUCUUGUAGACGCAUCCACGGCAGCCGUAUCAAGUGCAAAACAAGCUCUACGAACGGCAAGCGCUGCCCCAGAAGCUGCGCAGGUUGCAUCCUCUUCGACGUUUGGUUUGCUAGGGCGUGUCAUUCUAUCGAUAUUGGGCGUGCUUCCAGGCGUUCUCUUCUGGGUGUCAUACACCUUACCGACAUGGCUUUUCACCCUGUUCUCUACUACUCUGACAUUCACAAUGAACUUUAGCUCUUUAGUACUGGUUGUUGUCUUCGCGGUCUCAACGGUCACCUACUUUGUUAGGUACCGCUACUUGACCAUGUACGCCAGAUUGCCACCUGAGCCACAACGCGAAGAACCACAAGUGGAGGUAUUCCCAGAAAGUCAAGAAGGUGACCACAAGAGGGCUUUCGCAAACUACAUGGACGAAUUCUUGAGUGCCAUCAAGGUGUUUGGCUACCUGGAGCGUCCAGUCUUCCACGAAUUGACGCGCACUAUGCAGACUCGACGACUUGCGGCGGGUGAAACGAUUCUCUUAGAAGAAGAGAAGGGGUUCUGUUUGGUCAUGGAUGGUCUUGUACAGAUCUUCGUCAAGUCGAAGCGCGAGAGUGGUGACUCUGACGAGGAGACAUCAAAUGAGUCGCGACACCAGGGCCACAGCCAAGGCUACCAGCUGUUGACUGAAGUGAAGAACGGAGCGCCGAUGUCCUCGUUGUUCUCGAUCUUGUCGUUGUUCACUGAGGACAUCAAACUUCGCCAUGACGAUGAUGAGGCAGACUCUAGUGUGCCAGAGACACCAUACACAGGACGGCCAAGACCACCAAUGACCCGCAACAGCAGCUUCGCAACAAUGGAUGACUCAGGACCACAGACACCUCAACACUUGCCCCGCGCACCGCCAGGGCAUCGACGAGCUUCUUCAGCUCUAGCAAGCCCGACAGCUGGAGGGCGACUGCCAAGCGUACCGCCGCUGUCGUUAGAUAUUGAUGAGUACGGCGACCGCAUCAAACAUACUAAGCUGAGGCGAUCACCAUCACGAUCUUCCAAGUCCAAGUCUGCUCAUCCAGAUAUUGUAGCUCGAGCAGUCGUGGACACAACAAUCGCCAUUAUCCCUGCGACGGCAUUCCACCGAUUGACACGUGUCUACCCUAAAUCGACCGCACAAAUUGUUCAAGUCAUUCUUACUCGCCUACAAAGAGUCACCCUUGCGACCAGCCAUGCCUAUCUGAGUCUGACUAAUGAGGUCCUUCGUACGGAGAAGCUGAUGAACAAGUACACGACGUACGAUCUUCCCGGGUUUCUUCGCGAUGCCCCUCUGGAGAGGCUCAAGGAGAAAUUUGCCAAAGAGACAGAGCGUCUCGGUGCGGAUGAGGGUAUGCAAGGAAUUGCAUUGCACAAUCCUGGUGCUGGACGUCGACGUCGAUCUAGCACAUCGAUCAGACGCGGUACAGCUGCGCAAGCUCGACUUGCUGCGGCUAGAGGAACAUCAAUGGAGGCAAACAGCCAAGUUGAGGCCAAGAAAGCUUCCUUGGAGCCUCCCUUCCGCAACGAUCGCAUCAGUGCGGGUGACUUAUUGACCAACACCCAGAUGGCCCGUGGUGCUGGCCGGUCAGGUCGCGGCAACAGUUUCUCUCAACCGUACCAACAUGACAAUCGUCGAGACCCUCGCACCCCACUUGAUGCUAGCAACUUCAACCCUUUUGCCUCAUCGUCAACCCGACCGACUAUGCAGCGACAAGAAUCAAUCGACGAGGCCACAAUCUUCAGACAAUCUGUUCUCGACUGCAUGUUCAAAGCGAUUGGCUUGACAGAUCUGGAAAACCCGAUGCCCAAGCCAGCCGGAUCCGUAGAGCAAUCGCCGCGAAUGCUUUCAUUUGACACCAAGAAGCAGAAGGCUGUUUUCACCAACGCAUUCGGCCUUUUGGAUCCUUUUGAGGGCGGGGACACCGAAUCCAUGGUGUCUGCGUCGAAUCUUUCAAGCAUUAGUGGCGUCAAUCAUCAAAAUCUGCUUGAAGAAAUUGUGAACGAUGUAGAGAUUGUCUACUUCCCGAAAGAUGCUGUUCUGGUUGAACAAGGCGAAAGGAACCCUGGACUAUACUAUGUGGUGGACGGAUUCCUCGACGUCAGUGUGGCCAUUGACGAGGAUAGCUCGGAAUCGAAUGUGCUUGGGACCUCGCCCACUGGAGCAGCUCUUAGUCAGGAAGAGCUUUUCGGUCCUCAACUCAGGCGAACAUCAACAAGUGGCUCCGUACGCAAUCUAGCUGAAAGUAUCAACAAGAAGAGGAAACCACGCCGGAGCCUCUUCAUGACUAAGCCUGGCGGGCUAGCUGGCUACCUAGGCACUGUGUCCUCGAACCGGUCGUUCGUUGACGUCACUGCGAAGACCGAUGUGUAUGUGGGUUUCUUGCCACGAGCAUCAAUUGAGAGGAUUGUCGACAGAUAUCCAGUUGUCUUGCUCACCAUGGCCAAACGCCUCACGACUCUCCUGCCUCGUCUCAUCCAGCAUAUCGAUUUUGCAUUGGAGUGGGUACAAGUCAAUGCGGGUCAGGUCAUCUACAAUCAAGGCGAGGAAAGCGAUGCAAUCUACAUUGUGCUCAACGGACGUCUACGAGCUAUUCAAGAUGCGGAGAAGAGCGGCAUCAUGAAGGUCAUUGGCGAGUAUGGACAAGGCGAGAGCGUGGGUGAACUCGAAGUACUCACGGAGUCCGCACGCCCUGGGUCAUUACACGCCAUUCGAGAUACAGAACUUGCGAAAUUCCCGAAGACCCUGUUCAACAGCCUUGCGUUGGAACACCCUGGUAUCACAAUCAAGAUCUCCAAAAUCAUUGCAUCCCGUAUGCGGUCGCUCAUCGAUGACCCUUUGCAUGAACAGACAAAAGAGCGAGGUACCAAGGCAACACGCACGAACGUUUCAUCUACCGUCAAUCUACGAACAAUCGCCAUCCUACCUGUUACAUCUGGUAUACCAGUGGUCGACUUCGCCAGCCGUCUUAUGAAUGCCCUCACUCAGAUCGGCACUCCGCGAGGCGUUGUGUCGCUCAAUCAGGCCGCCAUUCUCAAUCACCUUGGGCGUCAUGCUUUCAACCGUAUGGGCAAGCUGAAGCUGUCGCAGUAUCUAGCCGACCUUGAAGAAAAGUACGGUAUGAUCCUUUACGUAGCCGAUACACCGGUCAAAUCGCCCUGGACGCAAACAUGCAUCAGCCAAGCAGAUUGUAUCCUACUUGUUGGUUUAGCCGAAUUGUCGCCAAACAUUGGAGAAUACGAGCGCUUCCUCUUGACGACAAAGACAACAGCCCGCAAGGAGCUUGUUAUGCUGCACUCGGAGCGUUACUGUCCUCCCGGAUUGACACGUAAGUGGCUGCGCAAUCGCCCCUGGAUCAAUGGAAGCCAUCAUCACAUCCAGAUGUCGUUCCGUGCCACGCAAGAGCCGGUUCAUCAUGCAGGACGUCGUUUCGGUAACGCGCUGAAGCAGCGUGUGCAGGUCAUCCAAGCCGAGAUACAAAAGUAUACCUCCAGGAGAGUUCGACAGACACCGUUGUACUCUGCGGAGACGCCUUUCAAGGGCGACUUCCACCGACUUGCAAGACGACUCUGUGGCAAGUCUGUUGGUCUCGUUCUAGGUGGGGGAGGCGCUCGAGGUAUCUCGCAGAUCGGUAUCAUCAGAGCGCUCGAAGAGACAGGCAUUCCUAUCGACAUCGUAGGUGGUACCUCCAUUGGCGCCUUCAUCGGUGCGCUCUAUGCAUGGGAUGCAGACGUUGUUCCCAUGUACGGACGUGCGAAGAAGUUCGCUGGCCGCAUGGGCAGCAUGUGGAGAUUCGCACUCGACUUGACGUACCCUUCCGCAUCCUACACAACUGGCCACGAGUUCAAUCGCGGAAUCUUCAAGACCUUCGGCAACUCACAGAUGGAAGACUCCUGGCUCGAGUUCUACUGCAACACAACCAACAUCAGCAAAUCGCGCUCUGAGAUCCACACCUCAGGCUACGUCUGGCGCUACGUUCGCGCUUCUAUGUCUCUCGCCGGCCUGCUCCCUCCACUCUGCGACAAUGGUAGUAUGCUGCUCGACGGCGGGUACAUCGACAACCUGACUGUCGCACACAUGAAGAGUCUCGGCGCAGAUGUGAUCUUCGCUGUCGAUGUCGGCAGCUUGGACGAUGACACACCACAGUCGUUCGGCGACUCACUAUCCGGUUUCUGGGCCACCUUCAAUCGCUGGAACCCAUUCUCCGCAUAUCCCAACCCACCGACCUUAUCCGAGAUCCAAUCUCGCCUCGCCUACGUGUCCAGUAUCGACGCGCUAGAGCGCGCGAAAACUACACCAGGCUGCAGGUACAUGCGUCCGCCUAUCGACCCGUACGGCACGCUCGAUUUCGCGAAGUUUGAGGAAAUCUAUGAAGUGGGAUAUAAGUAUGGUAAGGAGUUCUUAACGGGGCUGAAGGAGCAGGGUGUGCUGCCUAUUACGGAGGAGACAGAGAAGGAGAAGGAUCUGAGGAGGACUAUGGCACCGAGGCGAGCAUCUAUCUAGGGCAAGGGAAAAGGACUGUGGUGGCGGCGGAAGUAGACGAGAACUUGCAAGUUGCUCGAUUGUUCUUGCUGCGGUUUCCAUGCGGCUGAGAACGACCGAGUCAGCUAUUACCAAAAGGGUAAAUGACAAGGAAGGCAUAACUGCUAGGAACGUACGCGCAAUGUAUGCGGACUGGAACACCUAGUUGCCGUCACGGUUAACGGCUCGUAGCGUCUGGACUACUAUAGCGCAACGAACCCCACACUGGCUUAAUCUGGCCGACGACCUCAAUAUGGAAAUAUUUGG